AUGUAUUGGGUCGAUCAAAGCGGCUAUGAGAACUCCGGCAGGGUCCAAAGUGCUAGCUUGGAUGGCUCCGACGUUGCCACCCUGUUCGACAACGCAAAGCAUCCAAUGAAUGUCGCUUUGGACUCUGAGGGCAAGCUGUACUGGACCGAUGCAGGAAGCUUCGAGAUUCGAAGGUGCCAUCCUGACGGAUCUUCGAUGGAAGUGUUGCACAACAAAACGGUUGUGAUGCUGCCAAAUCCGAAGACUCCAAAAUAUCCGCUCCAGCAACUCACCGGGCUCCUGGACCCUCAGGGGAUUGCAGUGGAUGCCGUGGAAGGCAAAGUCUACUGGACCCAGCUUGGCACAAAAUAUACGAAGCCGGGAGGGCCUUCCGUAGAACGAAAUGGCAAGUUGCAACGAGCGAACCUGGACGGAAGCGAGGUUGAAACUCUAGCGGAGUUUGGCGCCACGCAGCCAGUCUCCGUUGUCAUCUCCGCGGGCCUAUCCCCGUCGCACGCCAAGAACGAGCUCUAA